UGGGGGAUAGCGGGGGAUGCCGAUCAAAGUGUCUUCUAUAUUUUCUAAUCGCCUUCAAGUUGAUGGGAAUUCUAGCUUUCCCAUUUACUGUAUUAACGAUACCCACGAACCCAAUGACACGACAACCACCCGGGAUCUCCGCUAUAAUCGCCUCUAUCAUUCUCUUAUCCUCGCACCCUAACUCCUCGGCUGCAAUGUUAUAAGAACCGUAUUCCCUUACAGCCAUUUGCAUACUCCCCAUGGGUGACCUUCACCGUGCUUGUGUAUGGAAACGAGACGACCGCCAACGCAAGAUCGACGCCCUCCCAGUCACAAAAUCCACUGCUCUUCCAUUGGCAACGCUCGUUACUCAAUGUCGAUCCGGUCUCUUGAACCCUGCGGACGUCAUGCAGGUGUACGCAAAGAAGAUGCUCGUCGCACAGAAAGAAUCCAACUGCAUCACUGAUAUCAUGGUCAAUCAUGCCCUCGAAUCACCGUCUCUCGCCCACUGUGAUUCCGAUACUCGUACCUCAGAUUCACGGCCCCUCCUUGGUGUUCCUGUUAGCGUCAAAGACUCUUUCGACAUCGAGGGUCACGAUACGACCAUCGGUCUCGCUCGGUUUUCAAACAGACCCGCCCAGACUUCAGCUCCCAUUGUCCGACUCCUUCGAGAUGCCGGCGCGCUCAUUCACGUCAAGACUACCGUGCCUACUGCUUUGUUUUCGAUGGAAACAGAGUCAGAUCUCUUCGGUCGAACAACCAACCCGUACAAGGCUACUCAUGGCGUUGGUGCCUCUACCGGUGGCGGUGGCGCCCUCGUAGCCUGGGGCGGGAGCAUGGUUGAAGUCGGAAGUGACGUCGCAGGUAGCGUUCGGAUCCCCGCUCAUACCUGCGGAAUAUGGAGCAUGAAAGGCAGCGUCGGCCGCUUCCCAGUUUUAGGCAACAUGUCGCCGAUGACAGGGCUCGAAGCCGUACCUAUUUUAACAGGGCCACUAGCAAACAGCUUGGACAACCUAGAGGAGUUCUACAAGCGGGUCAUUGACAUGGAGCCCUGGACGUAUGACCAUACGUGCGUUCCACUCAAGUGGCGUCCAUUAAACUUAUUGGAAGAAGGACGAAAGCUGAAAUGGGGUGUCAUUUGGUCCGACAAUACAAUACCCCCAACACCUGCCUGUAAACGUGCAUUAGCCACCGUUGUCGGAGCUCUGAAAGCAGAUGGUCACGAAGUCGUGGAUUUCUCACCGCCAAUUGUGGAAGUAUUGGGCGUUGGUUAUCAAAUAGUAUUCGCAGACGGAGGUCGUCAAAUCCGCAACGUUCUUCUUCCCGGCGAAACCCUCAAUGCGGCUUUGGUUUCUGUCCUCAAACAUGUUAGUCGCUCACGUUUCGGGAGAACCAUCCGAAGAUUGUGGUCGUUUAUCACUGGAAACUCGGAAGUCGGGUACCCGGAUAUCUUGAAAGAGAAGAACAUUGUCGAGGAACGCCAACUUAUCGUUCAACGCGACGAGUUGCGGCAGCAGUGGCACGACAAGUGGAAGAACGAGGGUCUAGACUUUGUCCUUACGGUUACUUUCCCUUUUCCCGCGCUGGAAAAUGGUGAUGGCGAGAAAGCCUCUCUGAUGAGCGCCAGCUACACGUUCCUGUUCAAUUUGCUGGACUAUUCGGCGGGCGUCCUUCCGGUUACGAACGUGCGGAAGGACCUUGAUUCCCUCCCUGUGGAUUUUAAAUCGACUUCAAUGUAUCAAUCACUGUCUGCUCCCGCCCGCCAAGCGUGGUCAACGUACGAUGCGGAGAAGAUGGACGGUCUGCCCCUGAGCGUCCAGGUGGUAGGUCGCCGGUUCGAAGAAGAGAAGGUAUUUGCAGGGAUGAGGGUCAUCGAAGCUGCGCUGAAGAAGAAGAAUGUGAUAUUUAUUGGUAAGAAGGACGCUGUUUAGGUGCCUCUUUGCCGUUCUGUUAUUAUUUCGUUAACUUUAUGUUCCGGCGGCGUUCGUUAUAACUUUAUAUUUCGUGGCAAAAUUAGUAGUGUAGGCUCCUCUUAACUGCCCUGUAAAACUUCAGUUUAAUGGACUUGUAUGUACCUUUUUAACUCCACUUUACUUGAAUACUGCACGGACAUUGUUGUUACGGAUGUUGUAUCCAAAGCCUUACCACCAUUACUGUAAUCCUUUGACAGUUGGACAGAUAAAUUAGAUACUAGGCGGCUUUCAGCCAUUUGAUUGACAU